CGUGUAAGACGUAGAACUGAGCAACCACAGUCGCAAGCGAGGUGAGAUGCCGGUGGCCGUGGGUCCCUACGGGCAGUCUCAGCCAAGCUGCUUCGACCGCGUGAAGAUGGGCUUUGUGAUGGGUUGCGCCGUGGGCAUGGCGGCAGGGGCGCUCUUCGGCACCUUUUCCUGUCUCAGGAUCGGAAUGCGGGGUCGGGAGCUGAUGGGCGGCAUUGGCAAAACCAUGAUGCAGAGUGGUGGCACAUUUGGUACAUUCAUGGCCAUCGGGAUGGGCAUCCGAUGCUAACUGGUGCAUCAGUUGCCCACUACAUCUACCUUCUCCUAUCAAUCCCAGUACUAUAAUAAAACAAAGUAUUUGAGUAA